CACGGCUUAGAAAGGGAUACCCAUUCUUUAGUUAGCAACACAAAUACUCAGAAAUUUCUGUACAAUUUUUUUCUACCUUCUUCUUCGUUCACAUUAUGGACUAUGUCAAUGACUGCAAUUUGAACCCUGAUUCAAGAGCGUCGAUAAUCGUCGUCUUUGCUGCUCUCGGUUGCGAGAUCUUGAAGGAAGUACUCGACGACGAUGGAUCCGAGCAGCUCCAACACAAAGAAGAGAGGCUGUUCAAAUGAAGCUGAAGAGGUUCAGGAUCAUGGCUCCAAGAGAAGUUGCACUCUUCCAAAUGGUACCCAAGCUGGGGAUUUGAUUCGAGAUUUAUAUGAGAGUUUCAUGGCUGGAAAGGUGCAAGAAUUGAAACUUGAAAUGGAGAGGAGGAUGCCAAAUACCAUUAAUAACUCUUUAAGUGGUGAAGAUGAGAUCCAAGCUAGAGAAAUAGUUGAUGGUUUGAUCAAAGAAAAAAGAGCAAAAUGGGAAAGUGAAUUUCGACAAUUAUUAAUCAAUGAAUUGGAUGAGAUUGCAAUGCGUCAACUUAAACCUCUUCCACCAACACCAAGGAAAUUCAAAUUAUGUUUUGGCAAUGAAAUUAAAGACACCAUGUACCACAAAGAUGAGAUAAAAUCUAUAGAUAAUGAGGUACUGAAAAUCGAAAUUUGUGAUGCCUACUCCAACACUGUCAUCUCCAACGAUUCAAUAUCGUUCGCUAUGGUCGAACUCUUCCUCAAGGAAGCAGGGUCUGACACUCCUAUUUCAAGAGAAAAAACAAUGGAGUUGAUCUCUUUUAAUCAUCUCCAGUUUCGCCUACAACAUGGAAUUGGCUAUGUCAAAGGUCUUGUUAUCAAGUCCAGCAAAUAUUGGAAAUCUAAUCAUUUUGUUUUGGGAGUCAAAGUUAUUGAUGAACCGAUUUUAAUGGGGUUUGGUACGAUUGAAGAAGCCAGUUCUGGACCCUUUAGAGUUCUGACUAAACGAUCUAAAGGGAAUAGAAAGGAAGAUCGCCCAACCAAGCAAAGUGAAGUAUGGAGACUUGUUGGGAUAAGCAAAAAUGGAGUAUAUCACAGAAUUUUAUCGUCAGAACUAGGCAUCAAAACUGUGGGAGAUUUCUUGAGGAGAUAUCAUGAAAUGAGUUCUCCAACUUUGGAAGAGUUUCUUAAAAGGAGAAUGUCCAAGCUAGAUGAGUGGGAUGACAUUGUCAAGCAUGCAAAGACAUGUGUUGAUUAUGAUCCAACUGAAUAUGAUCAAACACACAAUGAUAAAGAUUUGGUGACAACUAGUGAGCAAGCUAAUUCCAAUCAGAGCUCCAAAGUUCAUAAUCACCAAGAUCAAAGUGUCAAAGACAAUAAUGAUAAUUUGAUGGGAGUUGGUCUGCAUGUUAGUUCCAGUAAGAAUUUGGAAGUUCAUAAUCACCAAAGUCAAAUUGUCGAGAACAAUAAUAAUAAUUUGAUGGGAACUGAGCAACUAGCUAAUACUGAUCAGAAUUUGGAAGUUCUUGAUCACCAAAAUAUAAGCGUUCAAGACAACAAUAACAAUUUAACGAGCACUGAUGUACAAGUUAAUUCCGAUCCGAAGAUAAGGACUAAUUUGGAGGAAGCAAAUCAUUCUAAGGAGGAUUGUGAAGUUGGUGAGAAUGCUAUACUUCCAAGAACAGUCUCUGAUCCUAAUCAACAAUGGUUCCUUGACAACAUAGACUUAGAUCUUGAUUCACCAUCUAAUAUUUGGGCAGCACAAAUGAUAUUGGAUUCUCCAAAUCCAUAUGGGAUAGUGGAUUGCAGAGUCGACGAACCGUCCGAUCAAUUUCAGGAACUGCAAAAGCUUCUCCUUUACGGUUAAUUUUAGCCUUUGAAGAUAUUGCCCAGAAGAAAAAGAAAAAAAAAAAACUUGUUUUGAUUGAUAGUCUUUUAAGAUUGGUUUUGUUUUCUUUGGUUGGUUUGCAUGAGGAUUAUGUUAUUUUACUUUGUUAUUGAAUCCUUUCACUCAACUACAAGUUGAGGAAUUGCGGUGAGUGAAAAAAAAAAACCUUGAAGAUA